CAGAGAACUGUCAUUGCCAUGCGUAACGACUACAGAAAAACAUACAGACCUAUACAGACCGCCUGUUUUACAUUGAAAUUCGGCCGUAGUUGUGAAAAGUAUGUUACACGUUGCAGAUGUGUCACGUGGAAUUAUUGGCCAAGAAUGAAAGAAGAAAUGUGUUAUGCUUCGCUGUCUUGCAUUUUGUGAUGCGAUUUCACUGUUUGGAUUAGACAAUAUAUUAUAAAGAAUCUGUUGACGUGUUAAAAACAUUCAAGAUGGAAAACUCAACUAUUGAAGGAACGGAAUGUCUUGAUGUUGAUGAAGAUUUCCAAGAUGCGUGUGAAAUCCAACCAGAACCCUGUUCUAUGGACUUGGACACAGCCCUUUUAGAAGCAAAAAAAGCUGUUCAUUAUUUUUUUAAUAAUAAAUUUGAAGAAGCAAGAAAUAUUCUUCGACCAUGAUUUCAUAUCUCAGUGCCACUUCAAUCAGUGAAGAAAUGGAUGCAGAAGAUAUGUACAAACUGCUACCAGCUAAGUAAUGAAGCCAGAGCACGACUGAAUAGAGGAAAAUAUUAAGGGCUUCAACAAGUAUGUAUCAUUCUGUGGGACACAGUGUAUUCAUGUUUUUGGAAGCUGUUCUCACAUUUGAACAGCGACACAUUGAAGCUGCUGGGGAUGCUUUGAAACAAUGUAUGUCAGUAUGCAAUAAAUAUAGGAGGAAGAACACAAUAUCUGAAACAAUUGGAAAAAUUGUUAAGAAACCAAAUUAUGACACUUACACCCCAGAGGAAAUCCAUGCUGAGUUAUGUUUUGCAGAGGCAUUGUUGUUAAAAUCAAUGCUUACAUUUAUGGAGGAUGAAACACUAGUCAGUUUUAUUAAAGCUGGUCUGAAAAUCCGUUCAUGUUUUAAUUCCUACAAGGAAUGUAUGACAAUUCUGAAAUCUCGAAACUGGUCAAAUGAAUCCCAUAAGGUACACUUUGAAGGAGGUGUGCGAAUGGGAAUUGGAGCAUUUAAUCUGAUGAUUUCCUUGCUGCCAGCCAGAGCAAUUAAAUUAUUGGAGUUCAUAGGAUUUUCUGGAAGUAGGAGUCUUGGUCUACGUGAGCUGGAGGCUGGUUAUAAAUUACAAAACAGUCUUCGCCAAGUACUCAGUGUAAUGACACUUUUAGGAUAUCAUUUAAUAGUGGUUUAUGUUCUGAGUCACACUGAGGGUGAUCUAGAUUUCUGUGAUGAAAUUUUGCGUGGUCAGAUGCAGUUGUACCCAGAUGGGGUUUGGUUUCUCUUCUUUAAAGGUCGCCUGGAGUUCAUGAAGGGUAAUAUUGAUGAAUCAAUUUCAUGGUACACACGAUCAUGGCAAUCACAAAAUAUAUGGCCUCAGUUUCAUCAUCUUUGUUUUUGGGAGCUCAUGUGGACAAAUUGCUCUGACUUCCGCUUUAUAUUUUGUGCUUGUAUUGUUAAAUCUACCAGAAGUGAUUCCUUCUGUGAAUUUUUCUUCAUAAGGUUAGAUUUUUAGUGUGCAGAUGAAUUGGCAAGAAGCAAGUUCUUUCUCAACCCGAUUGCUUCUUGAAAGUCGAUGGUCUAGGACCAUUUACAGUUACCAGACUGCAGCAAUUUUGUUGAUGUUGGAAGAAGAACUAAAUCCUGAACAAAAGAAAGAAAUAGAAACGUUAAUGAGAAAUGCACCUAACUGGAAACAGCGAAUAGCUGGAAAAUCUUUGCCCAUGGAAAAAUUUGCUGUUAAGAAAACAGCACGUUUCUUUGCUCAAGGAAACACACUUGUAUUGCCAGCAUUUGAACUCUUAUAUCUAUGGAACAUGUUUAAAGUUCUUGGCAAGAAGUUUGAAAUGGUACAAAAUGUUUAUAAGGAAAUUGAAAGGACACUGAGAAAACUUAAUCAAGCAAAAGUAAAAACUGAAUAUGAUGCUGACAAUAAAGCAUUGGUUCUCUUACUGAAGGCAGCUUGUCUUCGGUUGAUGAAAAGUCCUCUUCAGGCUCAGGAGUGUCUCAUGGAAGUGAUAGCUCUGGAGAAGAACAUUAAAGAAGAUAAUUACUUGAUACCUUAUUCUGUUGUUGAAUUAGCAAUCCUCAGUGAGCAACAGAAUGAUCAUGUAAAAGCUAUGAGUUUAUUGGAGGAUGCAAAGAAAAAUUAUACAGGGUACUCAUUGGAAUCUCGAUUACAUUUCAAAAUCCAUGCUUUUCAGCUGUAUCUAAAUGAACAAAAAGGAACAAACUCUCAUAAUCAUGUUCCUGAAACAACUGUUUAGCCAUUAUAUAUUGUUUGAUUUGAUUUUGAUCGAGAGAUAAAAAACUGAGUAAAAAUAUAAUGUAUGUAUUAAUGAUAAUUAGUUACAAAAGUAUUAUUGAGGUUGUUGUAUUUUCUUGGAUAUAAUUUGUUUCAAAUUUAUUCUGCAUUAAUAUUUUGCAGUGGUGUUUUGAUCUCCUCAGUGUGUUGUGUAUAUUGUAUUACUCAGUGUGUUGUAUAUUAGCCUUGUGUAUGAUUAAUUUAUGAUGUAGACUUAAAGUUCAAAUAGUGUGUGACGCAUAUUUAGAUAUUUUGUAGUCACUAAAAGGUUCCAAUUUUUGUUUUGGAAAUGAUAGUGAGAUGUGCUGGGAAUGAAAGCAUAAUAUGCUUACUUACUUCAAGUGUUUGAAUAAUAUUUAUCUAAGCGAGUGUGUGCAAGUCCCACUGACUAAAAUUGUGUUAUUUCUAAAACUUUCUUAAAAACGGCAAGAAUACUUACAUUUGCUAUGUCUUCCUCUUUGUUCUCAAAUUUUUUAAAGUAAUUGUAAGAGAACAAAUUGCAGGACUUAAAACUUACAGGCCCUGAAAAUUUAACAGAUUAAUAGUAUUUUCUUAAGAUUAUUUUAACUUGUCAGUAAAUGCACUGCUACAUUUCAUGCUUAAAUUACAGUGCCUUUUCAUAUUUUUCUAGAAAAUGUUAAACAUAGUGGCAAGGCCUCAUGAUAGAAUGUUAUUAACCUUUAUAAUUUAUGAAGUUACAUCUGUCUUGAAUUUUAAAUGGUGUCAUUUGUGUAUUAUUGUAAAUUAUUUACAUUUAUUUAUUCUUGAUAUGUUCAUGAAAAUUGGCUAGUGGAUAUAAUGUGACACUUCUAGUCAAGGGAUUUCAAUAUUCUUGCCCUUAUCAAGAAGUCACUGUAUUAUCACUCGUGUGCAUAUUUUAAGUUACAAGAUGGUGGGAAAAAGAAAUACAAUUUCUAAUUAUCCAAUAUAUGUGGAUAGGGCUAAUGUGUUCUUUGCAAUUAUUUAUUACUCUGUUGUAUCAAGAUCAGAUGUCCUUGUAAUUUAUAAAGGUGUAAUAAAAUGUUUAUUUAUGAUUACUGUUAAAAAAUGUAAAACUAUCUGGGCUGUAAGAAAAAAUUGAAUCAGAAAAUUAUUCUACAAUUACUGUUUAAGUGUGUGAUUCUGUGAAAAUCUAAGGACUUUUUUAAGCAUUUCUAUAAGCCUGUAUUCCAUGAAAAUGGUUCAGCCUUUUAAUAGGGAAUAGUUACCUUGUAUGAGAAACACUUCCUUAAAUUCGAGAGCAUUAUUUAUGCAUUUUCUUUUGAUAUAGGGGCCUUCCAUAAAUUAUGUAAUGCAAAUUUGAAGUAUUUUCAGUACCCCCUAUCUCCCUUGUAAUGCACCCAUAACAUAUUCAUGAACCUCCUCCCUUGUAAAUGCAAGAAGGGAAAAUAAAUUAUAGCACAGUAAAAACAAUUUGUAUUUAUUUUACUUGUGUUGUAUAUUGAAGUAAUUAAUGAUAAUUAAAGUAGGAAUUAGUUGGCGAUGCUGGCUGCACCUAACAAUAAGAUUGGGGCAGUUGUGAGUGAAGGAAGAAUGCUUGGGCGAGAAAGGAUUGAUCACAAGCUAUGCACACGCCGUCACAGAUGAAGCAAGGGCAAAAGUCUUCAGUGCCAAUUUAAAUGGAUUCUAGAAUACACUUCAUAUCAGUUUUGAAUAUUUUCUUUGUAAUCUUACAGAUUAAAGCAAAUGUUGAAAAAAAUGUCUAUUGUAACAAUUUACAACUAAUAACAUUAAUUUAUUUAUGAUUUUAAAACAAAUUAAUUAGUUCAUAUUUUAAUGCUUUAGUACAGAACUCAAAAAAAGGAAUUAUUGUAGCAAAUGUUGAAAAUGUUAAAAAGUAAAUAUCGAUGUUAUGUAACACUUAAAUAAUACCCCCUACCUCUACGUAACGCAACAUAAUGCUGCCUCAGACCCCCUCCUCCCCUCUUUGGCAUUAAGUAAUUUAUGGACGACCCCUUAUGUGUUUUUCUUGUUGCCUGAUGUGUUCAUUGCACAGUAAAGUGUGUGGCAACAUUAGCCUAUAAUGUAAGUGUUGAUAUGUAAGAAAAUUAGUAGAGAUAUCAAGUGGUUUGCCAUGGUUGUUUAGAAAUGUAAAUUUAAUGGUCUUUUUUUUCUGAUCAGCUUUGUUGGUUCUUGUUUUAGCUCUUUGCAUAGAUCUACAGAAUCUACUUAAAAAUAGAUAUCUCUGGAUACUGAAUAGUAAACACAACUUCUGGUUGCCAAAACAGUGUAGAGGAAAUCAACUGAUAAAGAUGAAUAGUAUGUCUUUAUCAGGGGCACCUGGCACUCGGAGAAAACAGAGGCCUGGGGCACCAGAUCUACGGGGUCCCUUUAUUUCCAACAAAAGUUCUGCCCAUACCUCCUCAUAUGAAAACAAUUAAUUUCUCCAUGCAACAGGAGUAACUAAAUACAGCUGUUAAUUUGAAUUCAUUGUAAAUAUAUUCUUUUUUUGUUUUGAAUGAUAAAACUUUCGGGACCCCAAUUGAGUCAGGGCCUGGGGCAAGCUGCCCCAGCUGCUGCUCUUUCUGGACAUUCCUGCUAAUUGGCAUAUCAAUAGAAAAGUGACCUAUUGCAAACUGCUGUGAUUAUUUUCGCUAUUUUUCUGGAAAAUUGUGAAAUAUUGUAUAUUCAGUGUUCAGGAGUUUGUGUGUGUAUGUACAUCUGCAAAUUAGAGACAUGUAUUUCUCUACAUGUUAGGUUAUUGUCAUAAAGUUGGAGGAGUAGAAACUACUGUAGUGGUCAAAAGAUGACUACUAAAUUGAAUUUGGACAAGAGAAUUAUACCAUGUCCAAAGUGCUGAUACCUUUGUGCACAUUGUUGCGGUGCUGCCUUUUUUUCUUCUUUUUCUUCCCUUUCCCAUACACCAUCUGCCCCAAAUCAGUAGUGUUUUUAUGUCUGGACUAAGUAGGCAACUGACUUUAUGGUAAAUUUUUUGUCAAGGAAAAUAAAAAAGUGUUGAAAACCUUUGCAUCUCAAAGAUGUGCACAAGUUAGAUUUUUUAAAUUUUUUGACUUAUACAUAAUCCUGUAGGGUCUUUCUCUCUUUAUACUAAUUCUGGAUUGGAGGUCCACAAAGGAAUAGCAAAUCUAUACCUGCCUACAGAUGACAAAAAAAAAAAAGAAAAUAAAAAUGCCUCUGCACAAGGUAAAUAAAGUACCAGAAAAUUUGUAAUAAUCAUUUUCAUUUUGUGAAGGAGUUUCUGAACCAGUGAUUCAAACCAGAAUUAUAUGCUUUGAAAGUUUUCAAUUCAGUGUAAGUGAACACCAAACUAUGUAUUCGACCUUCAUCUGCUUUUUUUGUAAUUUCUAUUGAAGAUAGAAAAAUGUUAUUCUUAAUUGUAAUUAAGACUUAAAUUAUCAAGGAAAGUUCACUGUGGCAUUGUUUUAUCCCUUUCUCAUUUUUUACCUUCCUGAGACACCAUACCUUAGUUGAUUUCAAAUCGUCAUUUAUAUUGUAGCUUUUAAUGUUGACAAAAACUUAAAUGUAAGCUGUGUUGAUGAUACAUUUCUCUAUAUUUUUGGUUUAAAAUAAUUCUAAUCUUAGUAGGCUAAAUUACGUAGUUCUGUUCUAUAUGACAAAAAUGAACAUUUUUCUUUUCCUGUGAGGAGAGAGAGAGUGAGCGCUUUUUUUCCUUCUUAUUGGAAAUGUUAGUAUACCUCAUCAGAACUUCACAGCUUGUCAUUGUAAUAUUUCUAUUAUUCACAUUCAUAUUAAGCAAAACAUUGUAGACUUAUUACUGUAGAAAGGGCAUUAAUAAAAAAAAUC